GUGCUGCCUGCCUCCUGGAGUGGGAGAUCGGUGAAUUGAACAAAACCGCCAGAUGGAUGCUCAACCUCUCGCUCCAUCGUCUAUUCCUUACGCCACCGCUCUCAACUCGGUUUACCUGUGAUCGGGUUCGGAAUGCGAGGAGUUGAUUGGUGGUGAUGUAUAAACCGAAUACACCUUCUUCUGGGAUAGGCUCAAUUUCGUGUUUAUUGUAAUGGGUUGUGUUUACUCCAAAGCAUGCAUUGGACAGAUAUGUCCUCCAAGAGAUUUGGAUGCUCGAGACCCCGGAAAUGUCAAAGUAGCAUCUGAAAACCCUGUCUUUUCACCUGCUUCCUCAGAUGUGGAGGAUGUGGACAUUAGGGAGCAGUUAAGCCAGUUAAGUAUAGGCAGGGACCACGAAAUUGGUAUAGCUAGGUCAUCUCGCGUCUCUUUACAAAUUUUACCUCCCGAAGGGGGCUCACAUAGUGCCGUAGUUCAAUCUGGUAACUAUGAAUUAAGGUACUCAUAUCUUUCUCAAACAGGGUAUUAUCCUGAUUCUCUUGAUAAAGCUAAUCAAGAUAGUUUUUGCAUCCGUACUCCUUUUGGGAUGACUCUGGAUGACCAUUUCUUUGGGGUUUUUGAUGGGCAUGGAGAAUUUGGAGCUCAAUGCUCUCAGUUUGUGAGGAAGAAGUUGUGCGAAAAUUUGCUUCAGAAUAACAAAUUCCAUCUAGAUGCUGUUGGGGCCUUCCAUGAUGCUUUCUUGAUGACUAACUCACAAUUGCACGAUGAUGCUCUGGAUGACAGCAUGAGCGGGACUACGGCAAUCACUGUACUCGUACGUGGAAAAACAAUUUAUGCUGCCAAUUCAGGCGAUUCAAGAGCCGUCAUAGCUGAGAGAAGGGGAAAUGAUAUUGUGGCAGUGGACCUAUCGAUUGAUCAAACCCCAUUUCGUCAUGAUGAACUUGAAAGGGUUAAGCAAUGUGGGGCAAGGGUUCUCACCAUGGAUCAGAUUGAAGGACUGAAGAACCCAGAUUUGCAAUGUUGGGACACAGAGGAAGGCGAUGAUGGUGAUCCUCCUAGGCUUUGGGUACAAAACGGGACAUAUCCUGGUACUGCUUUUACAAGAAGUAUAGGUGAUUCUAUUGCUGAGACUAUUGGUGUUGUGGCAAACCCUGAAGUUACAGUUCUGGAGCUAACACCAAAUCACCCCUUCUUUGUGAUUGCCAGUGAUGGUGUAUUUGAGUUCCUCUCGAGCCAAAAUGUUGUGGAUAUGGUUUCGAAGUAUAAGGAUCCCCAGGAUGCUUGUGCAGCCAUAGUUGCUGAAUCAUAUCACCUGUGGUUACAGUAUGAAACUCGUACUGAUGACAUAACUGUCAUAGUUGUCCAUAUUAUUGGAUUAAAUGAUGCUGCAGGUGUUCAAUCCAAAAGUUAUGAAGCAGCUGUAAGAUUCCCUUUACUUCAGGAUGCAGAUAGACCAGGUUCAGAAUCUCCAACUGUCAUGAGCUGGAAAUCAAAGAAUCAACAAGAAAGACAAGAUAUAUCACAUGCACGGCUUCAUGCUUUUGAAAAAUCCCUCGAGAAUCGGCUGAUUUGGACGCCUCCUUCUCCACCUCACAGGAAGACCUGGGAAGAAGAAGCACAAAUUGAGCAGGUCUUGCAUGAUCACUUUCUUUUUAGAAAACUGACAGAUUCUCAGCAUCAUGUUUUACUGGAUUGUAUGAAAAGAGUGGAAGUUCAAGCAGGAGACAUUGUAGUGAAUAAGGGUGUUGAAUGUGAUUCGUUUUAUGUAGUUGGAAGUGGAGAAUUUGAGGUCCUGGAAACAGAGGUGGAAAACCCCGUAGAAACACAAAGGGUUCCACAGAUAUACACCGCUGAGAAGCUAUCAUCCUUCGGAGAGCUGGCCCUGAUGUACAACACACCUGCACAGGCCUCUGUUCGUGCAUUAACAACUGGAACACUCUGGGAACUCACAAGAGGAGAUUUCAGAGGAAUCCUUACAUCAGAAAUUUCUUAUCUGUCAUCAUUGAAACUGCUUCAUUCAGUAGAUCUUCUAUCAAGACUGACAAUUUUACAGCUAAACCAUAUAGCAGAUUCUCUUUCAGAAAUUAGUUUCUCUGAUGGGCAAACUAUAGCAAAUAAGGAUGAAGAUCUACUUGGUCUGUACAUCAUCCAAAAAGGGGAAGUCAAAGUGACAUUUGACAUGGAUACAGUGAGAAUGAAAAACAUAUCAAGUCUCAUAUGCGACAACAAGGAGCAUGAUUUGGUGCCAAACAACAAGGGUGUCUCACUGCAAAAGGCUGAAGGAAGCUAUUUUGGAGAGUGGACACUUCAUGGCGAAAAUGUUGGCUGCUUAAGUGUCAUUGCUGUCGGCAAUGUAGUGUGCUCGGUCCUAACAAAGGAAAAGUUUGAGAGAGUCAUGGGACCUGUGACAACUUUCACUGGGUGACGAAAAAGUUCGAUUCAUUCAUGAUCCCUUUGAUGCGAUUCUCACUGAAUGAUCUCAAGUAUGUUAGUAUCUUCCGUGAACUUGUGAAGUAAUCAACAGAAGCAACAAAUUAAUAUACUUUAUAUUUAUGCCACCACUUUAUCGGUUCUUGUCAGUAAUGAGAACUUGAGAAGCUCACCACCCUCUUCUUUAUGUGGGCCUACAACUACUCUUCAAAUAUCUCUGAAGAACCAAAGAUAAGAUGCUUAGCCUGGAGAGAUUUUCAAAGCUACGACUUUUUGAUAAGAGAACAAGUUUUAAAAGAAUAGGUGUUAUUGAUACGCCUAUGGUCUACCUCAACACCUUGUUAAGGUUGCAUAACGUACUUCUGCAGGCUGUGAGGACAGGAUCUACUUCAUGCUACAUGGUGAAAUGAGGCGUGUGAACUUACUUUUGCUCAAAUUGCUUUUAGCUGUGAAGUUGUUGAUCUCAUUUCCAAGUUAUUUCAAGUAUCAAGUGAAUGAGAACUUGAGACUUGGAAUUCAAGGUAUCAACCAAUCGGGACGAGUCACACCAAUGUGCGAUUCAAAUGGGUACCCGUAUGGACCGAGUCCAUUUUUGACAUUUUGGACUCUACACCACUCCAAAUGGUCUUAGGGGGUAAAAAUGAGGUACCCCACUUUGGGGUACUUAUAGUAUUUUUGUUGUUUGCGGGACCCUAACACAUCCUAAACGACAUUUGAAAACACUUGAAUAGUAAAGUUUUACCCAUCUUGAAGAGGCCAUUUAUGGAAUGAAGUUGGUGAGUAGGAUAUUGUUCAUCUUAUUUUUGCAGUAGAUCGGACAUAGUUGCGGUUCUUAACAAGAGUUGGGCGAACUAGAAUCAAUCUGGAACUAGAGUCAAAACCAGCCAAGUAGUUGGACCGAAUGGUAGGAUAAAUCUUGAGUUGGAGUUCGGAAAAAUUGGGUGGAAGAACUGUAGUCUUUUUCUUUCUUACCAUGACAAUGUUAGAAUAUCCAAAACUCACCUUGAUAAGUUUAUUUACUCCUUUCUCAAUUUAGGGAAUCAAAUCAGAACUGAAGCGUCUUUGAGCUCUAUUCAUUGGUUGGCAUCAUUUUUUAUUGCUAAGCAAUAAGGUUGUUUUUACUUGGACAUUAAUUCGUCCCAGACUAGAUCAGACCAGACUAGACCAGACCAAAACAGACCAGACCAGACCAUAUUUUAUUAUCAUCUUCAUCAUCAUCGGCAUCAUCAUCAUUAUCAUCGUUAUUGUUAUUAUUAUUAGUAUUAUUACUAUUAUUACUAUUGUUAUUUUUAAUUAUAAAUGAAUAAAAUAUAAUUAUUUAUGGAUUAUAAUAUAUAUAAAAAAUAAAAUCUUUAUGCAAAAAAUAUAAAAAAUAAAAUUUCAGACCAGACCAGACCAUAUUUUUAUUAUUAUUAUUAUUAUUAUUAUUAUUAUUAUUAUUAUUAUUACUAUUACUAUUACUGUUACUGUUACUGGGGAUGGACCGGUUCCGGUUCGGGCCCGGCCGGGCCUCGGUUCAUGAAGGGGAGGCCCGGAACCGGCCCGGGUAACCCCCGGGUCCGGGCCGGGCCUCGGUUCUAUUUUUUUUUUUUUUGGCUUUUCCUAGUUAACCCCCAACCCUCCCCCUCACCCCCAAACCAAUCCUAACCACCUCAAAUGGCCCAAAAUACCCUGCCCAACCCAAAAACUUAAAAAAAAUUAUAUAUAUAUAAAAAAUUGGCCCGGCCCGAGUCCAUCAUCAUCAUCAUCAUUGUUAUUAUCAUUUUUAUUGUUAUUAUUAUUAGUAUUAUUACUAUUAUUACUAUUAUUUUUAAUUAUAAAUGAAUAAAAAAUAUAAUUAUUUAUGGAUUAUAAUAUAUAUAAAAAAUAAAAUCUUUAUGCAAAAAUAUACAAAAUGAAAUUUCAGUCCAAGUAGGGCUGGACUUGGGUUCGGGCCGGGUCCGGGUCGGGCCUAGGGCCGGGCGGGUCGGCGGUUCAGGAAUGAUGGACUUGGGACUGGCCCGGGUAGCCAUCGGGUCCGGGCUGGCCCGGGUCUCCGGUUUGGGUAUUUUUUUUUUGCUUUCCUAACGCUGUCCUCACCCCCACCCUCUCAAACACCUCCUAACCAUCAACCCCAACCCGAGUGGAACCCCAAAAAAUGAAAAAAAAAAUCAAUUUGGCCUGGGCCUGACUCGUCCGGGACGGUUCGCCAAAUGUGAGACCCGAGCCUGGACCCGCACUACCAACCGGGCCUAGGUCCGACUCGGGCCCGGACUCGAGAACCGGGCCUCUCCCGAUCUCGACCCGAGUCCAACCCUAAGUCCAAGUAAAAACAUCCUAAAUAACCACUUUUUUUGUCCAAACACAACAUUUCCUUGUUUGUGCAUGCAAAAAACAUGUAUGUAUUUUGGAAGUAACGUCACAUAAUCUUCUUUGUAUACACUCGUGUUGGGUUCAUGGUCCAAUGGGGAUUGGCCGAUAAAGCCUUAAAGGUCUACCCUACGAACGUCUCGGGAAGGCCCAAGACAACGGGUUAGCCCCCUAGUGAGGUUCGUCCCCAACUUGGCCAAAGAGAAGGGGAUAUACGUCUCUAAGUGUAGGCAGGUACCUUAUCCCAGAAGCAUCACAAGACGCACGUCUCACAGGACUUGGCCCGUGGGGACGAACGUCCCCAGAAGGCCCAAGCCAACAGGAUACCCUUCCCCAUCCAGGGGACGUACGUAUCCUAGCGUGGCAGGUGCCUUGGCCCAGGAGCAGAACGAGACACACGUCUCACAGGGAACAGGAGGCAAGUUCAUGGGGACGAAUGUCCCCAGAAGGUUCAAGGCAACGGGGCACCAUUCCCCAUCAUCCAGGGGACGUACGUAUUUUAGGGUACAAUGUACCUUGGCCCAGGAGCAUUACGAGACACACGUCUCGAAGGUACUCGGCAGGAAACAUCAGUUAGAAUCAUGGGGAUGAAGUUAAGGCCCAAGACAACGGGGCACCAUUUCCCAUCAUCCGAGGGACGUAUGUAUUAUAGCGUACAAUGUACCUUGGCUCAGGAGCAUCACCAGACGCACGUCUCGAAGGACUUUGGCAUGAAACAACAGUUAGGCUCAUGGGGACGAACGUCCCCUGACGACCCAAGACAACAGGAUACCCUUCACCUAUGAACUCAUUCUGUAGACUUGCAGGCUGUGAUGAGGUAGUUGUCAAGUGUGCUGCCAAAUUUGCCCUUGCUGUUUCAUACACUUGUGGACAAAUUUCCACAUUUUUUGGUGCAAGUGAUAGUUGCGUACCUUCAAGUGGGGGUGGCAGAACUAGAUCCAAGGUCCACCUUUCUGCAGAAUCUUCUUCCUACAGUGGCCAUUUAUGGCAGCAUGUGGAGGUAGCUGGAAAUGAGUAAAGGCUGAUGGUUGAUGUGUUAACUUUUUGUGUAUUUAUAGAAAGGGGUAGCAUUUAUAAAAGGGGGGAAUCUUCUUCCUAAGUUUUUGAUUAAUUUAGUUUGUGAUUCAAUUGUAAAAGUUGUUGUACGAAUGGACCAUCUUGAUGUGAACCAUAUUGAUGUGAACCUUGAUGAUUUCUUUUAGGAAUGGAUGUUUAUUACCCCUUUUUACUAUUCCUUUACCCCUUGCCC